UCGGAGUCAGUAGCAGUUCGCGUCUGCGGCAGCGAUUACCGCCCGCCUCUCUUAUCGUUCUGCAUUACCGCUGUACGCGAGCAUCAAAAACAAAACCAAGCGGCAAUCAGUGGGUAAUAAUGGCUGCGGGCGACGUGACGCGGCGCGCCUCUAUCACAGCGCCGUCCAUGCACCGCCGGCCGUCCGCGCGCCGCGGCUCUCUCAUCAAGAACCCACAAACACAAUCACAGGAAGUUCCGUGGGAUAUAAUAGACCGCUGCGCGCUACCCAUCGUGCUGUGCCAUGCGCUCGCCGUCGUGCUCUCGGCGUUGCUCAAUGCGAUGCACCUCAGUCAGAUAUCCGUCUUCACGCUCUUCCUCUGGUUCUCUAUAUCCGUUACCGGUUCACUCUGGUUUUACCAUAACUUACAGCUGCGAUCGGAUGUCUGCGUAGGUGGGCUACAGGUGAGCCCAAUGGAGAUGGGGGAAAGCACAUGUUUAACUUAUAUUGUGAUAUUUCUUUGUUACCAGGUAACAGCUGCUGGGAAGGCUGUACUUGUAACUGGUUGUGACAAUGUACUGGGCAAUGCACUUGCGCGUCGUCUUGACGAUCUCGGCUACCACGUGUUUGCUGGCUUUCAGAAUAAGGCUGGCAACAUCGACGCCGAUAUGCUUAAAGAAGACUGCUCCGGACGCUUACAUACCUUGCAACUUGAUAUCACGUCUGAAACUCAGAUAUUGUCAGCGUCCUUGUAUAUCGUGGACCACUUACCAGAGGGCGCGCAGGGUCUGUGGGCAAUAGUCAACUGCGAAUCCUGGUGCGCACUCGGUGAACUAGAAUGGGUACCUUUUUCAGUCAUCCGUAGAGCUAUGGAAGUUAACUUAUUAGGUAAGUUCAAUGUUCUUUAAAAACGCUACACACCGCUACGCUUUGCUAC